AUGGACCCGGACCGACUGUUCCCCAUGGUGGCUGUACACUCAAAGAAGAUCAGCCGUCGCUCGCACUAUGCACAAGCAUUUCCGCUGCCACAGAUUACACAGAUGCACUCCUUAUUCCUUCACUCUCACAGCCCGAAGGGAAGUCAAUCGGAGUUCGGAGAGAGAUCAGGAGCAGGACCGACAUGUCGCGCUCUCCUAGAUCGGCUGUCUAGUACGACUGUGGGCGAGGUGCUCACGAGCGGAGCGGCUAGCGGGCUGGUCCCCGCUCCGCUGGAUGUGGCACCCUACUCCACCGUGACAGCCAACGCCACCUGCGGCGAUGCCGGUGCUGAGGAGUACUGCCGAGACACACCAGGAAAGCGUGGUGUGGUGUGCGACGUGUGCGAGGGGGAGGGCGGGCCGGCGCGGCGGCGGCACCCGGCAGCGCACGCGCAUGACGGCGACCCCGCCACCUGGUGGCAGAGCCCCACGCUCGCGGCUGGAGACUACCAGCAUGUGGAACUGCUCACCACAUUACCUGACUCGGUAGGAUCGCGUGUGCAUAAAGACGAAGUUAAACGUGUAGACUCCAAACGGUCAAAAUCGCCUAGUGACGAAGCACGGUAG